ACUUUGAGAAAAAAAAAAUGGAAAGAAAACUUCUUCAUUCAUGAUCCAGGCUUGCUUUGGACAUUUCAAGCCUAAACUAUUGACAGUUGAUCGCUUCGUAUUAUCAAAUUCAUUACCACCAGAAAAUGGCUACCACAAAUGUCAUUAUGUGCCAGCAGAUGAUUGUGGGCGCACACGUAGCGGUAGGUGAUCGGUGGAGCUGCCAUUGACUUCGUAAAGAUUUAGGAGCUUCUUUUCAACCAAAAACGCGAUUUCAACAAUCCUUGCAUUUGAUAAAGCAAAGGCAUUGAGAAGGAGAAGGGGGUGCAGAAACGGAAAGUCGGCUCAACCUCUCUUCGUUUAAUUACUGCAAGACAGACGCAAAGGGUUUCUUGUUUUGGUGUUUCUCGGAAGAUUGAUAUGUGUCCUUUAAGGUUUAUCUUGGUGUUCUUCUCAGCCGUUUUAGCUGGAUAUUUUGCAUGGAGGACUGUACGAUCAUCGCCCGAGAUUGAUGAUUUUGUUUCCGAUGAUUCAACUGCUGAAAAGACUUCUUUGAGAGAGAAACAAGAAUUCAAUUUCAAAAGGAUUAUUCAAAAUGGAUUCUGGGUAUUUGUCGACAUGGCUAGUGGGAGGUACUUAUGGAGGAAUUGUAAGGAGAUGAAGAAAGAUGAGACAUUGAAAAGCUUAUAGGAUUUGACCAUGGCCGUUUCCGAUUUAUUUUUUCUUUUUAGUAAAAUAAUAAUCUCUGUAUCAUGGGGGCGAAAAAAAUUGUAAUCUCUCUUUCGCUUGCUGUUGAGGAUGAGAGGGCAUGGAUUGAAAGGUCUGUGUUUUGUUCCUGCUAAGGCAUGGAUUAAUGAAAAUAGGUUUAUCAUUA